AUGGAUAGUACGCAACAUGCCGGAGCUACUUCUGUACCGAUAUCCAGACGAAACUCGAACCCGUUUACUGACGAAAAUCAUCCCGCGAAUAACUUGGAGACCACAGUUGCGUCUCCUGCUAUAGGUGCCGCAGCGAUUGCAACCCCUAGGCCGGACUUCGUCGACAACAACGAUCCGGACAGAUCAUUCUUUCCGUAUCUCGAUGACAGACUCGGUGCGCCACUCACCGAAGAACAAGGCUACACGUUUCCUCUAUACUGGCACGAGAAAGAAUGGGAUGAUGACAUGCACCUGCCAAUGGUCGACGAUGAUGUAAAACUCAAACCGACAUUGCGAGACCACUUUUCGCGCAAGAAUGUGCUGGACACACUUGGCCUUGCAUUCAUGGUCAUCGGUUUGCUUAGUGUGUUCAUCAUGUUGCCUGUGCUCAGCUGGUCAGGCAUCAACAUCAUUGGAUACAACGAUACGCCACUGGAUCAAAUGUGGGGAUAUCUGGAUAAUGAAGUGACCUGGGCGACGGUGAACGCAAGUCGAAAGUGGCCAUUGCUAAAGAAUGUGCGUACUGGACUGAUCGACCCAGACACACCAAAAUCAGAAAGGACAAGAAUAGGUGUUGACGGAGAUCACUACAACCUUGUCUUCAGCGAUGAGUUUAAUGAAGUGAACCGCACAUUCUACCCUGGAGACGAUCCAUACUGGUUUGCUCCAGAUUUCUGGUACGGAGCCACGCGAGAUCUCGAAUGGUACGAUCCUGACGCCGUGACAACCUGGGACGGUGCACUCCAUCUCCAACUCGACGCCUUCGGCAACCACGGCCUCCAGUUCCGAAGCGGCAUGCUAAACUCGUGGAAUCAACUCUGCUUCAAAGGCGGCAUUUUCGAAGUCUCUGUGUCACUUCCCGGACCAGCAGGAAUUCACGCAUUGUGGCCCGGUGUCUGGAGUUUGGGAAACCUCGGGCGACCAGGCUAUCUAGCAACCACAGACGGCACAUGGCCUUACACUUACGACUCCUGUGACGCAGGAAUUACACCAAACCAAAGCGACAGCAGCGGUAUGAACAAAUUGCCCGGUCAAAAACUCGCCUCUUGCACGUGUCCAGGUGCCGAUCAUCCCACUCCAGGCAAAGGCCGCGGCGCCCCUGAAAUCGACAUCAUCGAAGUAUCUGCAGACUACGGCGGCAAAGGCCUCGGAGUAGCAACCCAAAGUUACCAAAUCGCUCCCUUCGAUACCUGGUGGUAUCCCAAUGUCGACUUUAUGGAAAUUCCUGAUUACUCCUUAUCGUUCCUGAAUACAUGGACAGGAGGACCUUUCCAACAAGCCGUUUCUACAACCACGAUGUUGAAUAAUGAGUGGUACGACGGAAAGGCCUAUCAACGGUAUGCUUUUGAAUACGAACCUGGUGUUACAGAGGAUUCGUUCAUUGCAUGGACGGUCGCAGGAGAGGAGAUGAUGAAAUUCGAUGCCAGAGCCAUUGGCAAGAACGGAAACAUCGAUCAGAGGAUUAUCAGUGAAGAGCCAAUGUCCAUGAUCCUCAAUCUAGGAAUAUCCGAAAACUGGGUCGCUAUAAACUGGUCAGCGGUAGAAUUCCCGGCAAUAAUGCGUGUAGACUACGUUCGCAUAUACCAAAAACCAGGCGAAGAGUCAAUAACUUGCGAUCCUCCCGGUUUCGAAACGACAGAGUAUAUCAAAAAUCAUCCAGAGGCGUACUUGAAUCCCAACUAUACUACUUGGGCGGAUACUGGAUAUGAAUGGCCGAGGAAUGAGUUGAUGCAUGGGUGUUAG